ACCAUCAUUCGGUCGUUCUUCCAUUCCACCGCAUAACCGUCUGCACUCCUAUUCACUAACGUGCGCCAUCAGUUACUAGUAACAUUCUGUUUUCAAAUAGUAACAACUCACAAAAUAAAAAUACAAAAACAAGAGAGAGAAAUUAUCAAAGAUAGUGACAUUCACAUACAAAGCGAAAGAGAAAAAGAGAGUCUGCAAAUUUUUUAGAGAUAGAACCUAGGAAGAAGAAACUUUUACUGUAGCAUUUCACCAAUCCUAAACAAGGAACUGUAAUGGCUUUUAUUUCUGAGGUCAACAUGAGCUAUUCUCAGUCUCACUACAUGGAUGAUGAAUAUGAGAAACUCUUCAGGAGAAUGAACCCUCCUAGGGUUGUAAUUGAUAAUGAAGCCUGCAAGAAUGCCACUGUUAUAAGGGUUGAUAGUGCAAACAAACAUGGAAUACUUCUUGAAGUUGUUCAAAUCCUCACUGAUCUAAAUCUCAUCAUUCUUAAGGCUUACAUCUCUUCUGAUGGUGGAUGGUUUAUGGAUGUUUUUAAUGUAACUGGCCAAGAUGGAAACAAGGUCACAGAUGAAGUCAUUUUGGAUUACAUUAGAAAGUCUCUUGGUCCUGAAUCUUGCUUUCCAACUACUAUGAGAUCUGUUGGUGUUAAACAAACAAUGGACCACACUGCGAUCGAGCUUAUGGGAAGUGAUAGGCCGGGAUUGCUCUCCGAAGUUAGCGCUGUUCUCACAAACCUCAAAUGCAACAUAGUAAAUGCCGAGGUUUGGACUCACAACAUGCGUGCAGCCUCUGUAAUGCAUGUGACCGAUGAGGAAACCGGUUCUGCUAUAACUGAUUCUCAGAGACUUUCACUUAUCAAGGAGCUUCUAUGCAAUGUGCUUGGCGGUGGAAAUAGGAAAAGGGGUGCCAAGACUGUUGUUACUGAUGAUUCAACUCAUACUGAUAGAAGGCUUCAUCAGAUGAUGUUUGAUGAUAGGGAUUACGAACGUGUUGACGAUGAUUUUGAUGAGAAACAAAGACCAAAUGUUGAUGUUGUGAAUUGGUCUGAUAAGGAUUAUUCUGUUGUUACUAUUGAAUGUAAGGAUCGGCCAAAGCUUUUGUUCGACACGGUUUGUACUUUAACAGAUAUGCAAUAUGUGGUUUUUCAUGCCAAUAUUGAUGCUGAGGGGCCACAAGCAUAUCAGGAAUAUUACAUCAAGCAUAUCGACGGAUCUCCUGUAAAAUCUGAUGCAGAAAGACAAAGAGUGAUACAUUGUCUUGAAGCUGCAAUUGAGAGAAGAGUUUCUGAGGGUUUGAAGCUAGAACUAUGCACCACCGACAGAGUAGGACUAUUAUCAAAUGUGACACGUAUCUUUAGAGAGAAUAGUCUCACAGUUACAAGAGCAGAAGUAACAACAAAAGGAGGAAAAGCUGUUAACACUUUCUAUGUUCGUGGUGCUUCUGGUUGUAAUGUUGAUUCUAAGACCAUUGAAUCCAUUAGACAAACAAUUGGUAACACAAUACUAAAAGUUAAGGGUAGUUCUGAAUCUGUACCUCAAGAUUCUCCUACAAGAUCUUCUAUCUUUAGUGGUCUUUUCAAGUCUAGAUCUUUUGUUAACUUUGGUUUGGUUAAAUCUUACUCUUGAAUCUUUAUGAAGCUUUUGUUGCAUUGUACAGUUACAAGAUUUGGAGUUGCAAAAAGGGUUAGUAGAGGAAGUGUGUGACUUUAGCUUUAGGAUAUCUUAAAAGCUUGAACCUUAGGAAGUGUUUGGUUGUAAAUUCUCAAGUAAUCUCUCAUGCUUUAGUUUUUUUAGUUUUUCCACUAAUUGCUAUUAAUCCAAUCGUUAGUUGGAGUAAUGAAAGCAAAUUGAGAACCUAUCAUUUGUAUAUAUUCACUUGAUUUUUAGGAAGCUUGUAUAGUUUUCUUA